GAAUCGGUAUCAUUGGAAAGAUCCUACUGAAGUUCGAUUAUCAGCAGAGCCGGGGUCGGGCAUAUGAUCGAACACCUUGCGUGCACCCCCAACCCUACACAAAACGAAAGAAAUGUCGUCUCCCGCCGCCGCCGCCGCCGCCACCUCCGCCGUCGCUGAGUCCAUAUGGCAACAAAUCAAAUCCCACCGCUCGGUAUCCGAGGAUCACUUAUCCACCCUCCAUUUCUUAUUCGGCAAGAACUUGGAGCGCGCCGCGCGGAUCGUCGACCAGGGCGGCGUCCGCCGCGUCUCCGCCGCCCCCAGCGGCCGCUCCCUCUUCCUGGUGGUCGGGGAGUCGAAGAGGAAGGAGGAGUACAUCUGCUUCCCGGAGCACCUCUGCACUUGCUAUUCCUUCUUCUACGACAUCGUCAACAGGGGCGAGCAACUAUGCUGCAAGCAUCAGAUAGCGGCUCGGCUCGCGGAAGCCGUUGGCGCGCAUCGGGAAGUUCAACUGACGGAUGAGCAACUAGCACUGAUGCUAUCAAAGCUCUAGCUCAAAGUGUUGUUUCUUGUUGUUGUAAAGGUAUAUAUAUAUAGGAUCAACUUUUCUCAUUCAUUUUAGCUUUUCAUUAAGCAUUGGGCGUGUCUGUGUCUUGUAGGUGAGAUCAGUUACCUUGGUUCUGCUCAUAAAUUGUAGAUUGGGAUACCAAUUAGGAUAGUUAAAUGAUAAUAAUCAUUACUACUAUAUCGUACAAAUUUAUAUUUAGAAGCCGUAUGAGAAGCUGUGAUACAUUCUUUUGCUGAUGUUCAAUCUUUUGGUGUUGUCAGCACUCCCUUGACAUUCCAAAUUGUCAAAUGCCAUAAAGGAAUUAUCAUGGUACGUGCCGUUAUAAGUUGUUGCUACUUUAUGUGCCAACUUUGUUGGAUGGAAUAAGAUACCAGAGGGACCUAUACUUGUGUGAAACAGCUACUGCUAUUUCAAGCUGAUACUAGUUGGUGCCUGUGUGUAUCUAUUUGUUAGGGGGGAGUAUUACAAUUAUCAUUUCAUGCUAUUGAUUAUAAUAUUACGACGAUCAACUAGUUGCCUGCAAUCAUGUCUUGGCCUAUCUAGCACUUUUAUACAUCGUUCACCAACCUUCGAAUGCCGAGUUUUCGGCACUUCUACAAAUGUUUUAUAUAUUUAUCUCACUGCAAUCGUUCCACGAUCAAUGUAUUAAAUAGCUUUGCGGAGCAAAAUGGACAUAUUUUUGUAUUCUAUAUCCAUAUGUAUGUAAUGAUCUUAUUUCCAUA